CCUGUAUGAAUCUGAGAACAAAGAAUCCCCCCCAAAAGUAAGAUUUACAAUAGAAAGUUUACAGGGCUAAGUAACCGCGUACAAAUUGUAUCUACACCCACGUGUCUCCUCAGCAGCCGAGCAGCUGUAUAUAUAACCACUCAGAGUCUUUCAGUUUUUGUCACAACACAAAAGCAGUCUUCUUCUUGCACUGUAAACUCCCACAAAGUGUGUGAAAAAAGGGUCCUCCACAUCUACAGCCAUGCCGAGUGAAGGAACAGCAAACUUCAUAGAUAUCCUCAUAGCCAUCCUCUUGCCUCCUCUUGGUGUCUUCCUCAAGUUUGGCUGCCAUGUUGAAUUCUGGAUCUGCUUGUUGCUGACUCUUUUUGGUUGGCUCCCUGGGAUUAUCUAUGCUGUCUAUGCCAUCACUAAAUGAGACUUCAAUUUCUGUAUGUAGAGAUGUGAAGGGCACAUGUGUCUUUUGGUUUCUGAAUUAUGGGAUUGUUUUCAACCGUUUGAUUGAUAGUACUUCAUCUGGUGUAUCCAGAUGGAUGGUUGAUACUUCAUGUAGUGUGGUUUUGUCCAUUGUUCAUUUAUUUUUCUUUCUUCCUUUUGAUUUUAUCCUCCUUCCACCUCCUUAUCAAUCUGUUGUAAAGGUGGAUGGUAGGUCUGGUGAUUCAUGUCUCUUAAAACAUUAGUUAUUUAUUGGGUUUGGACGUAUCA